CUCCGCGCAUGCGUACAAACACUUCCGCAGGGCAACUCAUUUGCACUUUCGGUUUAGUCAUAACAUUUGUCUCAGUAUGGUGCGCUCUUGCUGCGUCUUCAAAUGUUCAAAUCGUGAUGAUACGAAAGGAAAACAGAAAGGUCUACAUUUUUUCAGAUUUCCCAAAGAUAGUCGAAAGCGUCGUGCUUGGAUGAGGGCAAUAAACAGAGAUGAUUUUGUGCCCAAUGAACACACCUGUGUAUGCUCAGAACAUUUUGUGACUGGAUGGCACAGCGAUGAGCCGGAAGAUGUGGAUUAUGCACCAACUAUUUUUUCCUACAAAAUGAAGACAAUUAAUCCAGAGAGAGAAUGGAGAUUAGCAAGGAGAAAUUUACAGAAGGAAUUUCAUGUGUCAGUACAGAGAGAGCAAGAGCAAGAGAAGAAAAGUCUGGACUUUUCACUAUUUGUACAUUCCUACUGCAAAGAUAAGGAAGAAGAAGAAUGUUUGCAUGUUGAAGAUGUAGUGGAAAAUACAGAUGAUGACGUAGAUACAGGAGUUACACUAAAGAGAGAUACUGGUUGCCAGUGUGAUCCAGACCCCCUUUUACUUGAAAAUCAGAGACUUAAGUUGGAAAUCAGGAGGUUACGAGACACAAGGUGGUCAGUUGAUAAGAUUAAAGAUGACGAUGCUAUGACAAAAUUCUAUACAGGACUUCCAAGCUUUGCGGUGUUUCUGUGGCUUUUCAACUACCUGGCACCAAAUCUUGAAGAA